AUGACUUCACUUGUUGAAAUCGACUCUCUUGAAAUCACAGUUAUCGUCGACAAUGAAUUGGAUGUCAUGUCCCCGCCGGCGCCUAACACAGUUCAGGCAACUGGCUUGUUAGGCAACAUAGCGAUGGAGUCCCCCUACACUCUAUGCAACCGCGGAGAUGCAUCAAAAGAGCUUCGUAUGAGCAACAUUUGCUGCUCUGCCCAUGGGCUUUCAGCGAUGAUUACAGCAACAAAGGGCGACAUCAAACAUACAAUAUUAUUCGAUACUGGGCCAGAAGAAGAGGUCUGGGAGCGCAAUGCAAACCGACUACGAGCCGAUAUUUCAACAAUUGAGCUGAUUCAUCUAUCACACUGGCAUCGAGAUCAUUCAGGCGGUAUGCUUCGUGCCAUUCGAAUGAUCAGGGAGGCUCGACUCGCGAAAGGUGAUAGUAACCAGCAUCUUGUGGUCGACUUGCACGAGUCAAGGCCCGAUUAUCGGGGGUUUACAAUGGGAACCGAAAUAUUCUCGCUUGAAGCGGACCCCACUUUUGAGGAGAUCGAAGAUGCGGGCGCUCAAGUUGAGAAAAGCACUUCCCCGCACACUGUCCUGGACGAUAUGUUUCUAAUUUCGGGCGAAAUUCCGCGGCGGACAGAGUACGAGGUUGGGUUGAAGAACGCCGUCCGGUUUGAUAAGUCAGCUGGGAAAUGGAACAAGGACGAAAUGAUAGCCGACGAGCGCUUUCUUGCCUGCAGCGUAAAAGGCAAGGGUGUUGUUAUAUUCACUGGCUGCAGCCAUGCCGGUGUUGUAAACACAUCGAGACACGCAGUCGAUUUGAUUGGAAAAGACGUGCCUGUCUACGCAAUUUUUGGUGGCUAUCAUCUCGCAGGCAGUGAGGCGGCUCAGAUCCGCGCAACCGUGAUGGACCUCAAAGCUUUGGAGCCGAAAAUGUUGCUUCCAGGCCACUGUUCCGGCUGGAGAGUGAAGCACGAAAUCGAGCAGCAAAUGCCAGGCCGUUUGGUCCCGUCGUCGGUUGGCGCCAAACUGGCAUUUUAG